AUGGGGUCCAGGGUGCAGAGCCACGCGCUGCUGCUGGCGAGCCUGAAGAGCCAGGAGACGGCUGAGAGCGAGGGCGUCCAGCGCAAGGCGGGGCUGAAGAGCAAGAAGCAGGCGCUGAAGGCCAGUAAGGAGGACGAGCUUGCCACCACUGUCUCCUCCAAGGAUGCCGACACCAAGUACCUGGAUGACGUGAGCUCCACUUGCCGGCAGAAGGCCGCGGACUUCGAGUCCAACCAGAAGCUGCGCACAGAGGAGCUGCAGGCAGUGGAGCAGGCUGUGCAGAUUGUGUCCAAGAAGCUGUCCCUGCUGGAAGUGAAGUGGCGAAGCCUGCUGCAGGUGAAGCACCAGGCCACGUCCUUGGCCCUGCUGCGCUCUGUGCGCAACGACGAGCAGGUGAAGGCGCGCCUGCUGGGGUUCCUGCAGCAAGAGGCGGAGCGGCUCCACAGCGCCGCGCUGACCAACCUGCUGGAGCCGGCGGCGACCGGCGCGCUGGAGAUGAUCAAGCAGACUAUCCAGGGCGUGGUGCAAAGAUUGCAGGAGCAGGCCGACGCGGACACCGAGAAGCAGACGUGGUGCGCUUCCGAGCUCAAGGCCAACGAGAAGAACCGCAGGGCCAAGACGGUGCUGGUGGAUGGGCUGAACGCAGACAUCGACCGCCUGAACGCCUCCAUUAUCUCCUUCGGCGAGGAUAUCGUCUCCAUUCAGAAGGAGCUGGCCGAGACAGCCCAGGCCCUGGCCAACGCUACGGAGAUCCGUGGCAAGGAGAAGCAAACCAACGCAGCGACCAUCAAGGAGGCCCAGGAGGCGCAGGCGGCGGUGCUGGAAGCGGUGACCGUGCUCAAGGAGUUCUAUGAGAAGAGUGGCCUAGCCCUCCUCCAGGAGAGCGCGAAAGCUGCGCAGCCUGAAUCUGUGAGCAUCUAUGGGGGCAUGACUGACCAGAGCGGCGGCGUGGUCGCACUUCUGGAGACCAUCGCCGCGGACUUUGCGCGCCUGGAGGCGGACACCAGCUCCGAGGAGCAGUCAGCUGGCGAGGAGUUUGAGAAGUUCUCCAAGGACUACAGGCAGAACAAGGCCGAGAAGGAGAAGGAUCUGAAGCACCUGCAGGAGAACAAGGUGGAGCACACCGCGGAGCUGUCGAGCAAAGGCUCCGAGCUGCAGACCGGGGAGCAGGAGCUGGCGGCGGCGCUGCAGUACUACGAGGAGCUGAAGCCGCCCUGUGUGAAGGGCGGGGCCGCCUGGGAGGAGCGCGAGAAGCAGCGGCAAGAGGAGAUCGAGUCCCUCCAGAAGGCGAUGGAGAUCCUGGCCACUUCCUAG